CACGCGAUAAAAUAUUGUUAUUUAUAAUAAUCAUUAUGAUAUUAUAUAAUAUUAUGCUCGACGACAUAAUGUGCUGGUGAUCCAUUUAACACACACAAUAUUUAAAAAACUACUAACGUUGUUGAUGCCCAAGGGUACUACUUUAUGGCAUCCCUAUUCCAUCAUCACCUUCAGUAAAAUACCUUGGUCUAACCCUCGAUCAACGCUUAACCUGGGCUCUACACAUUCGUGAAAAAAGACUAUCCCUAAAUAACAGGCUACGUAUGCUUAAGAAUUUAAUUGGUAACAAAGCCACCCCUAUUAAUAUCAAACUUAUCUUGUAUAAAACCUUAUUAAAACCCAUUUGGACAUACGGAUUGCAGCUAUGGGGAAAUGCUAAAAAGUCAAACCUGAAUAAGAUUCAAGCUUUCCAAAAUAUGGCCUUAAGGAAAGUAUUUAACGCACCUCCAUAUAUAUCAAACCAUACCCUACAUUUAGAUUGCAACUUAAAUACUAUUCACGAAGAAGCUAAACGUUUUUAUAAAAAAUUUCAUAAUCGUCUAUCCUCUCAUUAAAAAACACUCAUUAAAAACUUAUCUUCCCUCACUAUCCCAGGUAGCCCUCCAAGGCGACUUAAACGGAAAUGGUGCAGAGAUUUUUUAUUUAACUAAUAAUAAUAAGAUAUAACUAAAUAUAUUAUAUUUAUUAUAUAAUAUAAAUACUAACAUAUAACUAAAUCGCAUAUGAUUAAACCUAGACGAAAGUGUCAUCAGUGGGUGGCUUCUUUCCUCAAAUUUAUGUAUAUCACCCUAUUCUUUGUUUCCCUUAUCGCACAUAUACUUAUUAUGUCUAAGAUAUAGAUUGUAUAUUUUCUUCUAAAAAUAAAAAAAAAAAAAAAAACGUUGUUGACAACAUUUUUUUAGUUAGAGUGAUGAUUUCAUUUGGCAUACCCUAUAUUGAUUUAUUAUUUAUAGUUUGGGAAUAAAGGGAUAAAGAAUUCGAAUUUUGGGUUAGCCUUGUUAAAGUUUUUUUCGUUGAUAUGAAUUUUCCAGGUAAGUUUUUCGUUAAUCAAGCCAUAAAGACACCUCAGUGCAUUUAGUGAAUAAUUAGAUUAAUAAUUUAUAAAUGAUUUUUAAUACUUGUUUAUGAUCAAUACUUAUCUAAGUAGUAUGUAUUAUGUAUGUAAUAAGUGCUUUUUAAAUAUUUGCUUUAAAUAAUAAAGAUUACAAAAACAUUAUGUAGAUGGCCAGCCAUAUAGGUACUAACAGUAUUAUAUAAAAUGAAAUGACUAGAUUUAAUUUAAAAUAUUAAGCAAAAUGUGUUUAUUGAUGCGGUAAGCGUAAUAUAGGUACUUAUCAAGAAAAGUUUUAGUUAUUUCAUGUUUUAUGUAUUUAGUACUUUUCUAAAUGACAUGAAUAAUUAAUUGAUCAAUCAUAAAUUAUUAAAUGUACAAGAUGUUUUAAAAUUGUAAUCGAAUCUCAUGUUUUUGUUGAAUGUUAUACAAUGUACAUUAUAUUUAUUUAUAAACAUAGGUUAACUAUAGAAAUUGCCAAUUUUAUUUAUUUAGUCAAUAAGUACUUUACUAGACUUUAGACUUUUUAUAUAAAGUUUAUGUCAUCAUUAUUCUCUUAUCUUGAGGUUAUAGCAAUAAAUUACAAUAUAGUUUUACCUACUCCUAAUACAUGUAUACAUUUGUUAUUUUUAUCACUCUGUCUAGGACUUCUUGAGAUUAAAAAAAAAGGUAUAAAUAUAAGACCAAAAAAUGCGUCUAAUUUUGAAGUAUUAACAUUUCUCAGUUGCUAUAAACCUACUACCUAUUACGUAUUUAUUAUAUAUACAUAAUUCGAUGUUGCGUCAAGAUAUAUAAUAUUGCGCUAUUAUAAUAAACUGAUAAUAGGUAACUGAUAAAAUAGUCGUAGAGUCGAUCUGUCCACCCAUGUUCGAUUAACGAUUAAUAUUAACCUGUGUAUAGAAACUAAAUAAAAAGCCACACCGAGUAAUGAAUAACGAUUAAUAUUGUAAGAGAUUUAUUUACAACAGAUUUAUUAACAAAGCCACCAGUCCUAUGAUUAAGUACCUACACAGAUAAAUAAUAUGCAUUGUUCAUUUUAAACAGUGCCGCGCAUUGGGACAUGGGUAGGCACUCAUAAGUAAAUAAGAUAUAAUUAUAUAUGAUAAUAAUAAAUUAACUUAAUAAACCAUUCUAUAAUACUUUAUUAUCAACUAUCAAGAAUUAAGGAACGCAGAUACUGUUUGGGGCCCGCGAUGCUGGACAGGACGAUGAGCGCUAACAAACUUUGCGGUAACGUGGCUCAGACGCAUUUUACGAUUCAGACAGCGGUCGCCUACCUGGCGUCAUUGUUGUUCAAACGAAAACAAUCACUGAUCGUUUAUGGAGCUGCCGAAAGGAAAAAUGACUAUUACAACUAUUUCGUGAACUUGGGAGUACAGAACUGCAAAUUGCUCACCGAAGAUUUCCUCCAGUCGAGCUCCAACAAUCAGUUGUCGCUGGAUAUCGUGUCCGUACUGGCUACACCUCCAAACACCAAUACCGGGGUCACGGAUCCCGUUCAGUUGGUAUGUUCGAAAGGUGGAGAUCUUACAUUACUGAGGGCCGUUGCGUCGUUGGACUACACCGAAGAGUCGUCAGACAUACCUUGCAUGUUGGACCAGAGAGACACUCUGCGGAUGGCCAUGUCCAAACCUCAGGUGCAAAUUGUAGUAUACGAAACGCAUUCCCGGUUGGAGUUGGAAAAUGGUGGCAUGGUCAAGGCGGUGGUCGAAGAGAUGAACGGAUGGGCGUACGAGAAGCACAACAUGGACAAUUAUUCAUCGGUGAGCGCCGACGACAGCAACAAAUUCAGCACUUCUGUUGAGACACCCUGGCGGCCGGCGGUUUUCCAUCCGGUUCAGAUUCCCGACAAGGAUCGGUUCGAAACAAUGAUACUGUAUCCAGAUAAGUCAAUUGAGAAUAUGGAGAAGAAUCAUGUUACUGGAAGUCUUUAUUUGGCGGCCGUCAAAAGGGUGGAACUGAUGACAUUUGACGCCAACCAUUUGAUACGAAUGGCUGAGCAAAGAGGACUGUUUGGAAAGCCUGUGAAGGGACGCAAACAAAAGAUCCCAAGUCCCAUAAUAGUAUUGUCUCUGACCAAUAGUGAUGAACCCAGAGUGAUGUUGAAAUUUGAGCAAAUGCACGUUUUGGUACCAACACACGCAUUUCUACAACGUUGUGCCAACAAAACCCUACAAUGUCCCCGUUUUAGUAAACCUUAUGAUAAGACUUCUAUAGCUACUCGCUGGUGGAGAAUAAGUAUUCGCCAUAUAAUCAAAGCAUUGAGGAAACCUUUUUUUGCAUGGACCAAAGUACAAAUGGUUAGAUUUGGAAAACGUACAAAUAGAACACCAUUGAGAUUGAAAAAAGUCACUACAUCUUUCAAACCGCAAAAAACAAAACGGAUUUAUUCGUGUUCAUAUAUAUGUUUGUGACGUAUAGUAUAAUUAAUAUAAUACAUCAAUAAUAUGUAAUAUUAUAUAUUAAAAACAUAAAUAUAAAUAUUUUAUUAACUAAUUUGCUUUUGUAAACAGCAACUUAAGAAGGUUGUGUCUGUGCGCCAUCUUCAUCACUUUAGUCUUAAAAUAUAUUAUAUAAUUUUCUUAAACUUUUGUG